CCAGCUGCCGCUGGAGGUCGCUUCCGGGUCCGGUUAAACCCGGCGGACUUGGCACUUAUCUUCCCCGCUGCCUCGGCUGCGGCCCGAGCAGACAUUGUGGCCUUGGUGUGGCACAGUAGACCCAGGACAGAUGAGUGGUGAUGUUUGCAUCUACUCCUGGCCCUGCUCCUACUACUUGGAUCUUGAGAAGCGAUGGGUCCCUGGGAAACUGUCCUUGCUGCCUUGCUCACUCAAGUUCACAACAGACAGAGCUGGAGAGGUUCUCGUGGGCUUGCCCCUUUCCAGCAUUGUUGAGAUCAGGAAGGAAGCAUCACAUUUUAUCUUCAGUGCCAUCACUGUCCUGGAGAAGGGCCACCUCAAGCACUGGUUUGGCUCCUUGCGUCCCAGCCGCAAUGCUGUCUUCAACAUCAUCGAGCACUUCUGGAGGGAACUGCUCUUGUCCCCGCCAGGUGCUGCUGCUGGGGUGACGCCUUCCCCCACAACCAGGGGGCAGGAGUUGACAGGAUUGAUGGCAAGUUCCCAGAGGCGCCUGGAAGAUACAGCAAAGGUCCUUCACCACCAGGGUGAGCAACUGGAUAGUGUCAUGAAGGACCUGGAGAAGAUGGACUCAGACCUGGACGUGGCCGAUAGAUUGCUGACAGAACUGGAAUCGCCUUCAUGGUGGCCUUUCAGCUCCAAGCUUUGGAAGACACCAGUAGAAGUAAAGCCCAGGGAAAGCACCUCUAUGGCUGGUUCUGAGCCAUUUGGAAAGGAGGGAGUCGUGGCCAAAAUCCCUGCUAUUAUUUCCCAAAGAACAGAGUUCCAUGUUAAGCCAGGAAGGCUCACCAUCCUGGUUUCUGGGUUGGAAAUCCAUGACUCCAGCUCUUUGCUCCUACACAGGUUUGAGAGGGAAGACCUAGAUGACAUUAAGGUGCACUCGCCUUAUGAAAUCAGCAUUCGCCAGCGGUUUAUUGGCAGACCAGAUGUGGCCUAUCGAGUGAUAUCUGCCAAGAUGCCAGAGGUCAUUCCCCUUUUAGAAGUACAGUUCAACAAGAAGAUUGAGCUGCCACAAGAGGCCUCUGUGCUCAGGAGCACAGGGGCUUCUUCCUCCACAGAGAGGAGCUGGUCCUUCUGGCAUGCAGCACCCAGGCUGAGGGGCUGUACCACACAGCGGGAGCUGCCUGCAGGAGGCCAGGAAGGCGGGCAACUGCAGCUGCAGAGGGAUCAGCCACUUCUCUCUGAGAGGGAAACCCAGGAGUUGACACAGAUCCUGACAAAGCUGAAGGGGCUGGCGCUGGACACUGAGACGGAGCUAGAGCGGCAGGAUGAGGCCCUGAGUGGCAUCACAGCAGCCGUGGACCGUGCGACCCUGACCGUGGACAAGCAUAACCGACGCAUAAAGAGGCUGACCUAGGAGGAGACACACUGCACCUCCAGCAGGCACUAAGGCAAUACCCAAGUCCUCCUGAAGGAACACGACUGCACAUUCCUGCUCUUCCAUCACAGCGUCACGGGCACGCUCUGGAGUGACAUGCCCUGGAACUGCAGCCACAGACUCACCACCACAUCCUGCUCUGGCUUCCUCUGGUGGACAGCUCUUGUCGCUCCCUGUACGUUACGAAGUCCAAUACAUCUCCAGAGCACUCAGCAAACACCUGCCUGGCCUUUGCCCCCAAGAGAAAAGUUACAGCACCCUUAACAAAAAGUACAGAGUUCUGUCUUCUGGACAGACCCAAGGUCUCUCCAGUAAUAGGAAAAAAGUGAUAAUUUUUUGCGGUGGGGGUGGUGGUAUUUGUUUUGUGGUGCUGGGGAUUGAACCCAGGGCCUUGUGCAGGAAAGGCAAGCACUCUACCAACUGAGCUAGAUCCCCAGCCCAGAAAAGCUAGUUUUAAAAUAGGUUUUACAGCUGCAUCCUACUCUUGGCCUUCAUGUUUUAUGUUUUAGGACACUCACACCUCUCCCAGGGGGCCCCUGGGAGAGAGAAAGAUGAUCCUUUCAUAAGCCACAUCACAGCAGGCCACUGUCACCCAUCUAUGUAUUUAAUGUACACAUAAUGACUGCAUGUUUGUGGGUGUUAUGGUUUGGACUGGAAUGUCCCUCAAACACUCCUGUAUGGAUGGUCCCCAAUGCUUCAGUGUUCAGAAGUGGGGCCUUUUGGGAAGUGAUCCCAUCAUGAGGGCUCUGACCUUACCAGUGGAUUAAUCGAUGGAAGAAUUCCAAUCGAGUAGAGUGUCGGGAGGUGUGGAGCUGUAGGAGGUGGCCCUAGUUGGAGGGAGUGGGUCCCUGGGUAUGUGCCCUGGAAUGGUGCAUCUUGACCUCAGCACCACACCCCUCUUCCUGCUGCCUCACACCGUCCUGGCAAUAAUGAGCUGAGCAGCUCCUUCCCUCUACUCUUCAGCCAUGGCGUUCUGCUUCACUUCAGGCCUAAACAACAGAGACAACCAACCAUGGACUAAGCCUCUGAAACCAUGCUAAAACAAAGCUUUCCUCCUUUAAAUUGUUUUCCUCAGGCAUUGUGUCACAGCAGUGGAAAGCUAACAGUGAGCUCUAGUGUGACAGUCUCAUACAUGUAUAUGAGUGUGGUCAUCAAAUCAGGGCAAUAAGCAUUUCAGUUUCCUCAAACAUUUGUUAUUUAUUGGUAUUAGGAGACUUCAAAAUCCUCUCUUCUUCUUCCUAAAAUAUAUAACAGACUGUUGUGAACUGUGGUCACUUGACAGGGCUGUAGAACAUGAAGGCUGAUUUCUCCUUUCUAUCUGUGUUUUAGUUCCUGCUAUCUGGCCUCCCUCCAUCUGUCCUCUCCCCUGUGUCCCCAGCCUCUAGUGAUCACCAUUCUACUCUCUACUCCUAUGAGAUCAGCUUUUUGUCUCUGCAUGGGCAAGAAUGGGCAGUGCCUGUAUUUCUGUGCCUGACUCAUUUCAUUAGCAUGACAUCCUCCUGGUUUAUCCAUAUUGCUGUGACAGGAUUUCAUCUUUUGGGGGGAGCUGAAUAAUAUUCCUUUGUGUAUACACACCAUAGUUUCUUUAUUCAUACCAUGUGAUCUUGGUCAUGUGGAACUGCAAAAGCUGAUCUCAAGAAGUAGAGUGGAUAGUGGUUACCAGGGGUCAGAAGGAAGGUAGGAAAACAGGAACAAAACUAGUUAGAAGGAAAAGAUUCUGGUGUUCUCUUGCAUGGUAGAGUGACUCUAGUGAGUAGCAUAUUGCAAAACAGCUAGAAGAGGUGAUUCUGAGUAUUCUCACCCAGAGAAUUGAUGGAUGUUUAAGGAGAUGGAUAUAUUAAUUACCCCUGAUCUGACCAUUACACAUGGUAGACUUGUUCUGAAAUGUCAUACUGAAACGUUGGUGUUUUCCCCCUUCAGCAGGCACUAAGGCAAUAGGUGCCAUUAUUGUGGCAAUUAAAAACAAAAAAAGGGGGACCAGGGAUGUGGCUUG